AGCAGCGGGUAUAAAAUUGGAUGAGCUAUGAUUAGUUCAUUAUUCUCCCGUGGCCAAGUGCUCCUGACGAAAAGUUUCCAUCCAAGCAGUAUCAAUUCAACACGUACAAUGGUUAUUGCAAAGAAAUAUGUGAUUGGAAAAUACUUCCAAGGAGAGCCAAAGCGUUCGGAUUUACCGCUCGUCGAGGAAGAGUUACCGCCUUUGAAAGAUGGAGAAUAUCUUAUCCAGGCAGAGUACUUGUCGGUCGACCCGUACAUGAGGCCUUAUGUCUACCGAGUACCAUUGGGACGUACAAUGAUCGGUUCUCAAAUUGCAAAAAUCAUAGACUCAAAAAAUGCAAAGUUCCCAGUCGGUCAGCGUGUCUUUGCUAAUAUUGGCUGGCGAACGCAUACCAUAAUUCGUGAAGAUGAUGGCGGAGUCUUUGAUCAGCCUCCCUACCUCCUGCCUGAUUUUGAAGGUCUACCUCCAUCCCUUGGUUUAGGAGUGUUGGGCAUGCCAGGGAAUACCAGUUACUUCGGAUUCUUGGAAAUAUGUCAGCCAAAAGCUGGAGAAACAUUGGUUGUAAGUGGUGCAGCAGGAGCAGUCGGAUCUCACGUUGGACAAAUUGGAAAGAUUCUUGGUUUAAAUGUCAUUGGAAUUGCUGGUUCCGAUGCAAAGUGCAAAUGGCUUAAGGAAGAACUUGGCUUUGAUCAUGCUAUCAACUACAAAACUCAAAAUGUUGCCACAGCUCUGCGUGAAGCUGCUCCGAACAAAGUUGAUUGUUACUUUGAUAACGUUGGAGGAGAUAUUUCUGGAAUUGUACUUAACCAGAUGAAUCUAUUUGGUCGCAUCUCAGUAUGUGGAAGUAUUUCUUCGUACAACGCCGACAUCAAUGCGAUGCCCAAGACGGCUAUUAUUCAGCCUGCAUUGGUGUUUUCCCAGUUGAAAAUGGAAGGAUUUAUAGUGAUGCGUUGGCAGAAUCGCUGGAUGGAAGGAAUCGAGCAGAACCUUAAAUGGAUAAAGGAGGGAAAAUUGAAGUACCGCGAGACAUUUACAGAUGGAUUUGAAAAUAUGUUCGAUGCAUUUGUUGGCCUGCUGCAAGGGGAAAACACUGGAAAAGCAGUUGUCAAAGUUUAAUUUUCAAGUACAUGAUAUUGCAGCGUUUCUACCUAUUUUCUACACACAAAACCACAUCCUGUGCUGAAUAUAAUUGACGAACUGUACAUAUCACCGUAAAAAACUACU